CCACACGAGUAGAAAUCUUAAAACAUUUCCACUUCCACGGCUUGGUUAGAGUUUUCCAAAUUUCACUUGUCUUUUGUUAUGGUACCUAAAUUUAGAACGUCUUUGAUGUUUAAUUUUGCCGCCUUUUUUCAUUAAUGAUAAUACAUAACAGAUAAGUUGAAAGCUUAAAUAGUUGAAUAUUUAAAAAAAAUAUUGUGCAACUUGGCAGUCAACUGAUGGAGUAAUUUUAUAUUUUAUAUUUAUUUUUUUAUUACUCACUGUUGUAUUUAAAAAAAUUUAAAUAUGUAUUGUGAUAAAGUUAUUGAGUUAUUAAAGGAGUUGGAACGUUCUCGUGAAGAUACUAUACCGCCAUACAAUAAUGAUGGAAUCAAUCAAGUGCUUUCUGAGAUGAAAACUUUAGAUACAGAAAUUAUUGAGUUCUUACGCAAACAAAAAGAUAACUUGCCAUUGGAUGCUAUUCGUUUACGACGUGCAGCUAUAGAAAGAAAUAAAAGAUGUUUGAUGACAUAUAUAUGGACUAGACUGCAGCGAUUAAAAGAAAUGAGAUGGGAGAUAGGGGCUAUUCUACCAUCAGAUGUAAGACAAAAUCUUUCACAAUCCGAGAUAGAAUGGUUUAAUAAUUAUUGUAAAACUUUGGUCUCGUAUAUGAAGACCAUAGGAUCAGAUACUGGACUCAAUUUAACUCAUGACACCAAACCUCCCAAGUCACUUUAUACUGAAGUAAGAAGUUUAGUGGAUGCUGGUAAAUUAGAACUAGAAAGUGGAGAAGUUUUGAUUUUACGAAAAAAUAGUCAGUAUAUGUUAUCAAGAUCGCAAGCUGAGCCACUAAUUCGUCAGGGAAUUUUAGAACAAGUCAGACAUUAAUCAUAUACACAACACAUUGGAAUUAUAUACAUUUGUAUUAAUCACCAUGGUUGUAUAUAAUAAAUAUUAAUUCAAUUAAUCUUG